AUGCGCGAGUUCGACUAUAGGCAGAUGGGCCAGCUCUUUGUCAUGGGCUUCGAUGGAACUAGCGUUAAUUCGGAAAUCCGCUCCCUGAUAGAGGACUAUCAUCUGGGUUCUGUCAUACUCACCGCUAAGAACUUGAAAUCGGCGGAAGAAACCACUAAACUUGUCUAUGAACUACAAACCAUCGCCCGGGAUGCUGGCCAUCCGGUCCCGUUACUGAUUUGCCUCGAUCAGGAAAAUGGCGGCGUUAACACUUUAUUCGACGAGAUUUACAUACGGCAGUUCCCCAGCGCCAUGGGGAUGGCUGCGACAGGCUCGAAAUCCCUAGCAAGAGAAGUUUGCAAGGCCACUGCCCAAGAACUCAGCGCCGUUGGUAUCAACUGGAUCCUUGGUCCCGUACUUGAUGCAUUGACGAAUGCCAGAAACCAGCCCCUAGGCGUUCGAAGCGUAGGAGAUGACCCGCAAGAGGUGUCCGCGUACGGAAUUGAGUUCAUGAAAGGCUAUCAAGAGGCAGGCUUGGUGACUUGCGGGAAGCAUUUCCCCUCAUAUGGUAAUCUCGAUUAUAUGGGUUCCCAGUCUGAUGUUCCCAUCAUCACGGAAACUAUUGAGCAGCUAAGUGUGAGCGCAUUGGUUCCUUAUCGGAAUGCGAUAACGCAUGGCAUAGAUUCAAUGAUGGUAGGAGGAUGUUCCAUGGCAUCAGCUGGAAUGACUGUCAUGCAUGCUUGUUUGUCAGAACAGGUUGUUGACGAACUCCUGCGGAAGGACCUAAAAUUCGACGGUGUGGUCGUUUCGGAAUGCCUUGAGAUGGAAGCACUCAGCUACAAUAUAGGCGUUGGCGGUGGAACGGUUAUGGCCAUGAAGGCCGGUUGCGACCUGAUCCUGUUGUGUCGAUCCUUCUCUGUACAACAGGAGGCUAUCAAUGGAUUGAAGCUAGGAGUAGAAAAUGGCAUCAUUAGCAAAAGCCGCAUACGUGAGUCACUACGAAGAGUUCUGGACAUGAAGUCGCGAUGCACAUCGUGGGAAAAAGCUUUGAAUCCACCAGGAAUCAGCCUUUUAUCGAAAAUGCAGCCGUCCCACACUAGCCUAUCUACUAGAGCGUAUAGCAGCUCGCUCACCGUUGUUAGAGACAAGCACAAUAACAUCCCGUUAUCUAGCGUUCUCGAACCGGAUGAGGAACUUCUACUCCUCACACCAUUGAUAAAGCCGUUACCAGCAUCUGCAAUGCUACUGUCGAUGACCACCGAAGUAAGUCGGGCAGGCCUAUCAGCGGAUGCCGCUUCAUGGGAGCGUAGUGCUUCUGUCAUGAGCGGCGAAAGUGUUUUCAAAGAGUUUGGGCGAUCGUUAGCUCGGCAGAGGAACGGGCGUGUUUUACACACCUCCUACACUGCCAACGGCGUCCGACCAGUCCAUGAAAAUUUAAUCGAUCGCGCAAGCGCUGUCAUAGUUGUAACGGCCGACGCCAACAGAAACUUGUACCAAAAUGGAUUCACGAAACACGUAUCACUAAUGUGCAAUUCUCAAUUUUCUCCCAACGGCGAGCGCCGCGCGAAACCCGUAAUCGUUGUAGCUGUCAGCUCGCCUUACGAUUUCGCCACAGAUCCAUCAAUCGGGACGUAUAUUUGCACCUACGACUUUACCGAAACAGCCUUGCAAUCGUUGGUAAAAAUUCUUUACGGAGAGCUAACGCCUUCGGGCUCACUACCUGGCUCACUUAGUCGCAACCAGAGACUCCAACAGUCAAGGCAACAUUGGCUAGUGGAGAACUGGAAUGAGGAUCGGGAUGCACAUGCCUUAGAUACCCUCCUAGAUAUUGUCCGAGAAGAUGGUACCCAGUGCCAAAGAUCCGAACUUGCUAGCGUUACCUCCACCACCUUCCUUCUCCGCAACAGCGACGUGGAAGAGUCCCACUUUGUUGUUCGAAAUAGCAGCACACAGGCGCUCUAUGGAUUUUGCUCUACGUAUUACUUCAAAUCCACAGGGACGGGCGUGAUCGGUGCACUCAUUGUCGACCCUUCCCGCCGACGAAUGUCCAUCGGCCAUUCCCUCCAUAACCGCGCAAUUCGGACACUGAUUCAACGGCCAGGCAUCCGUAGCUUCCAGCUCGGCUCACGUUUACCAGGCAUAUACCACGGAAUCCCUACAGGAAAUCCCACCGAGCGCAAAAGGCUUCGGCAGUGGUUUGCCAAUCUGGGAUGGAACACAGCCCUGUCACGUUCUGUAUGCAGCAUGGUGUUACGAAAUCUCGAAGACUGGUCACCACCGGAAGGAUUGACGAAAGUUCUACAGAGCUCGGAAGUCGACUACGAUCUCGUUUAUGGGUGGGAGUUUGCGGAUUCUGUCCUUGAUCAUGUGAAAACAACUUCGCGUGUUGGGGUCAUGGAGAUCUACAAAAGGGGGCUUGGCGGUGCUCCGGGUAGUGGGAUUAUUCGCGCUAAACGCCGGGAAGAUGGGACGAUACUGGGUAGUGUCGUUGUGUAUAAUUCCACGUCCGCGCUUGCGGAAUCCAUGCCGGCGCUUAAGGAUACUCGCACAAUUGCGGGAGGGAUUUCUUGUCCUGUGAUCUCUCCUUCUGUAGGGGAGUAUGCAACACUGGUACAGGGAUUGAUCUUGUUGGGAAUCAAGCAGAUUCGCAAGCAAGGGGCUAGGGCGGCUAUACUGGAUUGCCUAGAUCGAUCCUCUUCCCUCGAUGCACCUUUUACUAUCUACGAAAUAUCUUUGCUCUGGUAUAUGUAUCACCAAGUUAUAGAAACUUUCAGCCCCUCGGAUACGAAUAUCGGUCGUCCUAACCGCUGUUAGAUUGUAGAUUCAAUUCAACCUUCGACUCUACGCCUUUUUUCCUGUUUUUCCUUUCAUUUUCAUUCCUAUUCCCUUCAAACUGCUGAAAAUUUUGCAUUGAGCAAAAUAUUUUCUCAGAGCAGAUCUAUCCUAUCUUUUUGUAGCGCAUUUUCGGCCGGUGAGAUGAGAGGCUUUUUACUCAAUAAAAAAUAGUAUUUUUUCUCAUCCACAUCCUCAACUACCCCAUCACCACAACCACCCCGAGAGCCGUUCUUCCCAACUGCGACCCUUAAUUAACGCUAUAACGCCCGUUACAUGCCUACCAUGUGUUGCUUAUUCACCAGUUAUUGCUUUAUUUAUCGUGGCUUGUGUUGGUUUGGGGUCCAGCGUUCCUGGAUGAAAAGAUAUAACCUCUAUCCCUCUCGUUCGGGUACCAUAACCUACCUACCUCAUCACCAGUGCCUCGUUGUUCGUGGUCACAUCCAGCCCCCUUUUUUUUGUUUUGUUUUCACAUUUAGUUUUAGUGGUUCUAUUCUGUUGUUAUGCUCGCGGGACUUGCCUUUCUCCUUAGAUUAAUUCUGAGACUUUGUUUUUGGUGGAGGGAACUCUAUACCCUGUUGACAUUGGCCCUACAAGGAUCGUUAUUACCAUUUUAGGUAUACGAGUAUAUGAAGGAAGGCAGCCAUGAAUGCGAGGUUUUUAAUGAU